AUGCCCCCUCGCCCAAACGCCAGGCCUUCGCCUACACACUUUCUGUGCAUACCUUUGGUCACCUCAGCCUCGAGACCCCAGCUGUCAAAGAGCCUGGCCUCCUUCAAGUCAGAUGUCACCAGCCCAGACAGCUUCGCAAUUCCUACAGACGCCGUGCGGCCGCUCGGCACUCUGCACCUCACUCUUGGUAUCAUGAGUCUGGCCAAGGACGAGGGCAUCAACAAAGCAACCGAGGUCCUCAAGAACCUGAAACUGCGGGAGAUCUUGGCCGGCAUCGCGCCUCUGUCCUCCGAGACCCCGUCGGCUGGCAAAGCGCAGUCGUCUACUGGCACCCCCGGAACCGACUCGCCGCUCCGAAUCACGCUUCGCGGCUUACACUGCAUGAAGUCGGGCCCUCGAGCGGAUCCCAGCAAGGCAUCGGUCCUGUACGCGCCGCCUGCACACGGCGAAGGUGUUUUCCAGACAUUCUGCGAAAGAAUCAGAGCUACGUUCGAAGAGGCCGGAGUUAUGGAGAAGGAUGCCCGGGGCUUAUUGUUGCACGCCACCAUCGUUAACACGAUCUAUGUCAAGGGCGGCUGGAGUAAGAAGGGUCCGAAACUGACCAUCGACGCGAGGGAUAUACUUGACCGAUAUGAUGACUACGUCUGGAUGGAGGAUGUGCCCCUGGAAAAGAUUGCCAUCUGUCGCAUGGGGGCCAAGAAGAUUGAGGGGACGGAUGAUGAAGCAUACGAGGUAGAGGCCGAGAUCGACUUUUACUCUCCAGAAGCUUCGCUUUGCGCUCGUGUGUUUGCCCCUCGCCUAGAGGCCAAGAACCAGGCAGCCAGCGAACGACACUCCGUACUUCUCUCGCCAGUCCACCCCGCUUCCGAAGCUGCGUACGCACACUCAAGACCUGUCAUCAACGAGGAGAAAGUUCAGCGUUGGCCGAAAAACCAAGGGGAGGAGAAGGAGGGCCAGGCCAAAAGAAUUCGAAAGGGCCCGUCAGACCUCCCCUUCAUCGCGAGCGGUACCAAGCCAGUCGCAUGCUCCUCCCCCGCCGUCUCCAUGACGAAAGAUAAAAAGCUCGGCCGGAUGUCCACGACACCGGCGGAGAAGCGCCGCUCCUUCAUCCCAGGCGGCAGUAGCAGUAGCAACAACAAGGAACACACCAGCGGUGGCGGAAGCAGCAGCGCCUCGAAUAGUAACGCUGCCGGCGGACCCUCGUCGUCCUCGGCCAAGCCGCCAACCUCCUCGUCCCAGCACGGCGGAGGCGGGUCGUCAAACGCCCACCACGUCCUGCACACCUCGAACCCGCGCACCAGCACCGCGAACAUCAUCGCCCCGCCUCCCCGCGCUCACCACGGCCCCGCGAACUCCUCCUCCGCGAGCCCGAACCCCGAGGACGGUGUCACAGCGGCCACGGCUUCGAGCAGCAGCAAAGAUGCUAAGGACAAGGACUCAAGACACAAGGAAGCCUCUGGCGGGGGCAACAACAGCAACAACAGCAACGCUGCUGGCACCGCAGGCACCACCAGCCACGGCCACGGGGGCAUCUCCUCCUCGGCCCAGAUCAAAGAUAAGGACGCGCGCAUAGCGCACCUGGAGCGCGAGCUCGAAAUCAUGGAACGCGAGUUCACCAAGGAGCUGGACAAGCUCUCGCAAAACGAGAGCGAGACGGCUGUCUUCUGGCAGGCGAAGCACAGCGACGUCAACCAGCAGUUCCUCCGCGCCGACGCCGACCUGCGGCUCCUCAGGCAAGAGUCCGAGGCCCGGGACGCCGACCGCGACGCCCUGCGGCGCGAGGUGGGCGAGCUGCGGGUGCAGGUGCGCGGGCUCAAGGAGUUUGUGAGCACGAGCACGCGGACGAGCGGGCAGACUUCUGAUGAGGUGUUUUGCGAUGGCAUGGCGAGGUUGAGUAACGGGUUGCAGAAUUGGGUUAUUGUCAAUUUUCGGAGGGCAAAGUUGGACUUUGCUGCAGCUAGCGACGACGUGCUCGAAGAGCUCGGCCAGCUGGUACCCAUGUAUGCCGACCUCGAGCCUUCGGCAAAGGUCCACAUGCUGCAGUCAGUCGUCUCGCGCGUGCUCGUCGACACAAUCUUCAACUCGUACUUCUUCGGCCUCCCCAAGGAGCAGGCCGAGCAGCUCAAGGCCGUGGAGCAGACCCUCUCAGGCUAUGUCGACUCGCCAGAAGCAAUCAACAACUGGCGCUCCACAACACUCGCUCUCCUCCAGCGUGAAGCGGACUCCAAAAUGCAAGCCGAGACGUUGGCAGCAACGGACCGCGUCAUCGCCCGCGUAAACCGCGUCCUCGACGCUGUCACGGACGCAGUCCCGGCCCCACCAGCCACGGGAGAGACCACGAACCCCCGCGACGCCGGUCUCCGCGCCCUAGUCGGCAGCGCCGCGGACCUCGCGCGGCAGCUCGCCGUGCAAAAGGCCGUCUUCCGGGUCCACAUGCCCGACAUUGUCCCGCAUCAGCAGACGAGGUUCGACGCCGCCACCAUGGAGGAUAUCGGCGGUGAGGAUGAGGAGGCGCUGUCGCAGCGCGAUAUCGCGUGCGUCACGUUCCCCGGCAUCAUUAAGCGCGGGGACGAGAACGGGGGCCACAUGCAGUAUCAGAAUGUCAUUGCCAAGGCUAGGGUACUAUGUAGUCCCGAAUAA